AUGGAUUUAACGAUUUCCAAUGAAGUGAACGGAGAAGUAUACGGACCCAUAGAGAUCAACGAAGAUAUGAGUAUUCGCGAUCUAAAAGCCUUACUAGAGAUAGAUUGCCAUUUUGAUGCAAACAGACAUGAUUUGUAUUGUAAUGCAACACUUCUAGAUAUUGAAACUACCAAAACUUUGAAAGAAUUAGGCUUGAAAAAAGAUGAUUUAUUGCUUAUUAGGUCCAAAAUUGGAAAUGGUGGAGCACAACAACCAACAGCAAUGUCCGAUGAACAGUUAGUUGAACAAUUCAGACAAGAAUUACAAAAUAAUGUCACGUUAAGAAACCAACUAAGUUUUCAAAUUCCUGGGCUAGAUCAGUUGGUGGAAAACAAACAAUUAUUCCAUGAGACUAUGGGUCCUCCUAUUUUAGAAAAAGUUCAUGGCGGAUCUCGACCAACAAACCCAUUUGGUAUACCUCAGGCUGAAUAUGCUAAAUUAAUGAGCAAUCCAGAUGAUCCAGAAAAUCAAAAACGUAUUACUGAGUUGAUUGAUCAACAAGCGAUCAAUGAACAAUUACAAAACGCCUUAGAGUACACACCUGAAGUAUUCUUCCAAGUUCCUAUGCUAUAUGUGAAUUUAGAAGUUAAUGGUUACCCAGUUAAGGCAUUUGUAGAUUCAGGUGCACAAUCUACUAUUAUGUCAGUAAAAUUGGCAGAAAAAACUGGGUUAACUAGAUUAAUCGAUAAAAGAUAUGCGGGUGAAGCUCGUGGGGUUGGCACAGGAAAAUUCCUUGGUAGAAUUCAUCAAGCGCAAGUUAAAAUAGAAACACAGUUUGUUCCAUGUACGUUCAGUGUCAUAGAUAUAGAUAUCGAUAUUCUUUUAGGGUUGGAUAUGUUGAGAAGACAUAGAGGAUGUAUCGAUCUAGAGAAGAACGUUUUAAGAUUUGCAGGAAUUGAAACUCCAUUUCUGAGUGAGUCUGAAAUUCCAAAGAAUCCAAUUUUUGAUCAGGAAAAGGGAACAAUAACAGCGGCUCCAGAAUCAGCACCAAGUAACAAGAAGUCCCCUGAAGUGCCGGUUCCAACUACUGGAAGUUAUAACAGUGGCGUGCAGAUGCCUAAGACAGCCACUACCGGUAAAACAGAAAUAACUAAAAACCUCCCACCACCAACAACUACUUCAUCUAUACCGGCUGCAGCUCCUGGCGCUGUUCCUUCUUCAGUACCUAAAACUGCAGCUCCGACGGCCACCAACCCUGCACCAACUGCCACUGCUACAGCCCAAAGAAGUUACCCAGAAAACACUAUCAAACAAUUAAUGGAUUUAGGAUUCCCAAGAAACCAAGUUAUUACUGCGCUGAAUAGAACAGGUGGUAAUGCAGAAUAUGCAGCCGCUUUAUUAUUCCAAUAA